AUGAGUGAGCGAUUGUGCCAAAUUUUGAAGCUCAAGCGACGGGUAGUAAAUAUCCCUAUUUGUGGAGUUGGGCAAUCAGAAUCGAGGGCCAAGCAUUCGGUGAACGCAGUUAUCAGCUCCAGAACUAGCGACUAUUCGAUGGAAAUGAGAUUUUUAAUAUUACAACGCUUGACAUCAGAGUUACCAGUAGUAAACGUACCGGUAUCGCACUGGAAGAUCCCUACCGACUUACAAUUGGCUGACCCAGGUUUUAACAAUUGCGGUAAAAUUGUCCUUAUCAUCGGGGCUGAACACUUCUUCAGCUUCCUGUACGAAAGAAAGCGAAAACGAAUUUUGUUAGGUCCAGAACUUCCGCUGUUGAUUGAUACAGUUUUUGGGUGGAUAGUAACAGGGAAGGUUGCUGAUGCAAGAAACCAUUCAAUUAACUGCUAUGUGGCCGCAACGACUGAUAAUUUGGAAGGUGUUUUAGAGAAGUUUUGGAAGAUUGAUAGCAUGGAGGACCACCAUCCGUGGUCUAAGGAAGAGCAGGAUUGUGAGGCUCAUUUCGUGCAUACCCACGAGCGAGCAGAGGAUGGACGAUAUAUUGUGCGGUUACCAAGGCAUGUCAGUUUUGACUGGAUGGUUGGAGAAUCUGAGUCCAUGGCAUUAAACCGUUUUAGGAAACUCGAACAAAAAUUAGGAAAAAAUCAAGUUAUAAAGGAGCAAUAUCAUUCAUUUAUGCGAGAAUAUUUGGCCAUGGGCCAUAUGAGAAAGGUUUCCGUGGAGGAUACAAGCACGGCUAAAUUCGGAACAGCGGAAAGAAAGGCAUAUUAUUUACCCCAUCAUGCAGUACUGAAACAUGCUAGCACAACCACUAAAUUACGUGUUGUAUUCGAUGGGUCGGCAUGUACCGAUAGUGGAUAUUCGUUAAACGAUGCGCUCAUGAAAGGUCCUAUCCUACAGGAUGAACUGCUUACACUUCUUCUUCGCUUCCGCAAACAUCAAGUCGCGUUAGUUGGAGACAUCGAAAAGAUGUAUCGGCAAGUACGGAUUCAUAACGAGGACACGGUAUUUCAACGGAUUUUUUGGAGGUUUUCGGUGGAAGAUCCCAUCGAAAUAUACGAGCUACUCACUGUAACAUACGCAUUGACACCGUCAUCGUUUCUGGCAACACGUGUAAUCAAACAAUUAGCAAUCGAUGAGAUUGGAAAUCAUCCUGAGGCAUGUGCAGCCUUGGAACGGGACAUGUAUGUAGAUGACUACAUUGGUGGAGCUGCAUCGGUUGAGAGCGCAUGCUAUCUGCGCAAGGAAAUGGAUAUUCUAACAUCCAAGAGUGGAUUUCCUCUACGAAAAUGGUGUUCGAACCGCGCAGAGGUUCUAGUUGGGAUUCCAAUAGAUCAAUUAGGGACCAGUCUGACUAUAAGUUUUGACUUGGAUCCCGAGGAGAGGAUCAAGGCACUUGGAAUCACAUGGGAACCUGAAUCGGAUCAGCUUCGAUUCGUAUACAAUAUCGAUGGUAGCGAGAGCGCUUGGACCAGACGCCGUAUUUUAUCGGCCAUUGCAAGGCUCUUCGUUCCAUUUGAUUCCAUUGAUUUCACCGGUGGUAAUAACCGCAAAAAUGAUCAUGCAGGAGUUGGCAUUACUGCAAACGAAUUGGGAUAA